AUGGAGUCGUUCAGCGUAGUCAUCCUCUGUCUCCUCCGCCUGCUCCUCUUCUUCUCCUCUAUCCCGGCCUCCACCGGCCUUCCCAGAGACCGAGUGUUCCUGAGCAGGAGUUCCGCCAGUGGUGUGCUGUGGAGGGCGCGACGGGCCAACGCGGGCAUGGAGGAGCUGAAGAUAGGGAACCUGGAGAGGGAGUGUCUGGAGGAGAAGUGCUCCUAUGAGGAGGCCAGGGAGAUCUUCACUGUUUCACAUCAGUUUGAAACAUUCUGGGAAACAUAUUCAGCAGUGGAUCAAUGCGAGCUUCGGCCGUGUACGAACGGCGCCACCUGCGUCAGUCAGGCCAGCGACUACGUCUGCCUCUGCACGCCGGGCUACCAGGGCCGCAACUGCGACAAAGUGCACCGCAAGUGGUACGGCUGCCUCUACAGAAACGGAGGGUGUGAACAUUUCUGCAAAGAGUCUCCGGACCUGUCCCAUCACUGCUACUGUGCCCCGGGAUACCGCCUGGGUCUGGACAACAGCAGCUGCCUGCCGCAAGUUCCAGUUCCGUGUGGAAAACCAAUCGCGCAGUUUCGCCCAAGGAUAGUCAGUGGAUACAGCUGCUCCAAAGGACAGUGUCCAUGGCAGCUCUGCGAUGAACUCCCCCUCCGUUCAGCGAAGACCAAACGAAAGAUCACCGGACCUCAAUCGGGUCCUCGGGUACCCAUCAGUGCCGCUGGUUUUCAAGGUGAGCACGACCUUUUGGAGAUUGAGGGAACAGAGCAGACCAGGAGGGUGGCCCUGCUCGUGGUCCACCCCCAUUAUAACCACACCGCCACUGACUGUGACCUGGCACUGCUGAAACUCCGCCAACCCUUGGCUCUCGGACCCGCCGUGGUUCCCAUUUGCCUUCCCGCUCUGGACGGCUCCUUCGGUCGGACGCUGACGACGAUCCGCAGCUCCACGGUGAGUGGCUGGGGCCGCCUAGCGCAGUCCGGCCCAACCCCCCGCUUCCUCCAGCGCCUAGAGAUCCCCAGGGUGCCUCUGCAGGAGUGCCGCGUCCUCUCCAAUCACGUGACGAAGAACAUGCUCUGUGCGGGGAUUAAGCAGGGGGGCCGGGACGCCUGCCAGGGGGACAGCGGGGGACCCCUGGUCACCCGCUACAAAAACACCUGGUUCCUGACGGGGGUGGUGAGCUGGGGGAAGGGCUGCGCUCGCAAAGACCUGUAUGGCAUCUACACCAGAGUCAGCAACUUCCUGGGAUGGAUCAACCAUACCAUGUCCAGCAACUAAGAUAGGGCGUACCAAUACAGAGCCAUGUUGGUUCCCUACAGAAGCUCCUGGAAGCGUGAUAAACCGCUACCCAGUGAUAACAUAUAGAAAAGUCUAUAUUUAUGAAUUGACACGAGUUGAAAGUCAAUUCGGGAAGACAAAUAAAAGCUACCGUAAGAUUUCAAAUUUUCAAAAUCUCAAAUUUUCCUCGCUAAUCUGGUCCUGAACCGGCUACAGAGACUUCUAUGGGGACUCGGUCCCAGAAGAAAGGACCGAUCUGAAACCAUCUCAGCCAAUGAUAUGUCAAUAUCUAGAUGUUAAUUAGCGACUUGUACUCAAGAGAUGUGCUGUGAUAGUGAAAAUAAAGACGUCAUGUAA